GCUAGUGUGCUUGUGUUUAGUUCUCAGAGAUAGUCAAAUAGGAUUCCUUUGGGAAGGGACACAAAUCACUCCCAUUUUAACAAGAGGAACAACACGGGAUCUGCCUACACAAGGGUCCUCAUCUUCUUGAUUUCUUAUUAAUUUCCAUUUGACAGAGAUCAUUGGGAAAAAGGAAACAAAGAGAGAGUAAAGGAAGAAAAAACUUGUCAGGGGAUGAAGACAUUUGAUCUAGAACAAUCUGAAAGCUCUAGUUGAUCCCACUGACACCAGGGCUCGCUCAUAGAGCAAGUAUCCCCAAUACAGGAGCGACAUCGUCAAAAACCUCAAGCGAGAUUUUGUUAAUUUGCGCCGUCUUGCGUUUCGCUCGUUUGUCUUUUGAUCUCCGUUUGAAGUGAUUCUGUCUAUGAGGCACCUGAAUUUCGAUACCUCGUCUUUGGACUCUUUUCGUAUUUUUCUCUUGGUUUGAAGUAAACAGACAGACACACUGUCACAGGCAUCAACGCGGACCCAGCACCAUCCCACGCCCACGCCCGCCUUUUACCUGUGAUUAGAGAACUGAUUUUGGGACACUCGGUAAACAGAGAGAGAGGGAGCGCGAUUUUGUAAUGUUUGGGAUUCAGGAGAGCAUCCAAAGGAGUGGGAGUAGUUUGAAAGAGGAACCCAUCGGGUCUGGGAUGAACGCAGUUCGGACAUGGAUGCAGGGAGCCGGGGUGUUGGAUGCGAACACCGCCGCUCAAAGUGGAGUGGGUCUUGCCCGGGCUCAUUUUGAGAAGCAACCGCCAUCAAAUCUUCGAAAAUCCAACUUCUUUCACUUCGUUUUGGCUCUAUAUGACAGACAAGGACAGCCUGUGGAAAUCGAAAGGACGUCUUUCCUCGGUUUUGUCGAGAAGGAAAAGGAAUCCACUGGAGAGAAGACUAACAACGGGAUACAUUAUAGACUGCAACUUCUCUACAGUAAUGGCAUCAGGACAGAGCAGGACUUUUAUGUGCGACUCAUUGACUCCAUGACUAAACAGGCUAUUGUUUAUGAAGGGCAAGACAAGAACCCUGAGAUGUGCCGAGUGUUACUGACACACGAGAUCAUGUGCAGCCGCUGCUGUGACAAGAAGAGCUGUGGCAACCGCAAUGAGACCCCGUCUGACCCCGUCAUCAUCGACAGGUACCUUCACACACUCCUCCGCAUGCUCAACUACUCCUACUGUGACCGCAUGGUGUGUGUGUGUGUGGCCUCCUACGAGGCUGCUGAUGCAGUGAGGGAACAGUAUGAGGGUCAGAUGGGGCUGACAGUGACAGGGGAACAGGUCAUGGCUCUGUCCUGGCUGAUCACUGUGGAGCAGCAGACGUGGGAGAAGGACCGGGACUGA